GAGGAGAGGAGGAGGAGGAGAGGGAGGAGGGAGUGUGUGUCUGAAUGUGUGUGCGUGUGGAUUGCACCACCGCAUCCCGUUCACCGUUUCUGCAGGCGGCCAUGCUCUGAUGGGGAGAAUUAAACCGCCAACCUUUGCUUCAUUCUCACAUCUGUCCAGCAUCGAGCCAUUCCAGAUGUGACUCUUGUAUGUGGCCCGCAUCGAGUCCUGCGCUGUUCACCUCGGAGAGACUGUGACACCAUGGCUUUGGUUAUGGAACCUAUAAGUAAAUGGACACCAAAGCAAGUGUUGGACUGGAUGAAAGGUCUGGAUGACUGUCUCCAGCAGUACGUGAAGAGUUUCGAGCGGGAACAGAUGGGAGGCGAGCAGCUGCUGCACAUCACCCAUCAGGAACUGGAGGAGUUAGGGGUCACCAGAAUAGGACAUCAGGAGCUCAUCCUGGAAGCUGUCGACCUCCUCUGCGCCCUGAAUUACGGGCUGGAAACAGAGAACCUGCGGACUCUGUCACACAAGCUCAACGCCUCAGCGAAGAACCUGCAGAACUUCAUCCUGGGCCGACGGAGGGGAGGACACUAUGAUGGAAGAGCGUCCCGCAGGCUCCCCAAUGAUUUCCUCACCUCAGUGGUGGAUUUGAUUGGAGCCGCCAAAAACCUACUAGCCUGGCUGGACAGGUCUCCAUUCGCCAGCGUGACAGAAUAUUCAUUACUGAAGAACAACAUUGUGCAACUCUGCCUCGAGCUGACAACCAUUGUACAACAGGACUGCACUGUGUAUGAGACCGAAAACAAGAUCCUCCAUGUGUGCAAGACCCUCGCAGGGAUUUGUGACCACAUCAUCUCUCUGUCGUCCGACUCGUUGGUCUCACAGUCGGCUCAUCUGGAAGUGGUCCACCUCACCAGCAUCAUGCCCAGCGAAGGACUGGGGAUGUACAUCAAGUCAACAUACGAUGGUCUCCACGUCAUCACUGGAACCACAGAGAACUCCCCAGCAGACCAGUGCAAAAAGAUCCACGCGGGUGAUGAGGUGAUCCAAGUCAAUCACCAGACGGUGGUGGGCUGGCAGCUGAAGAACCUGGUCAACGCUCUGCGAGAGGAUCCCUGCGGCGUCAUCCUCACCUUAAAGAAGAGACCCCAGAACACUUUGAGCUCCACUCCGGCUCUGCUCAGGAACGUCCGCUGGAAACCUCUGGGCCUGCAGCCGGUCCCCACAAGCCCGACCAGCACCUCCCCGACCCCCGGCGGGACCUUAGGAAUGUCCAAAAUGGAUGCUCAAAGCAUGCAGGACGUGUACAUCCUGUCCCCAGUCUCUGGCCUCUACAGCACCAGGGAGGAAAUGGGUUUGAUGUCAUGUGAUGACAUCAGCCGCUACAGUGUCAGCUCUCAGUCUGGCUCCAAAGGGUCAGAGGCAGUCAGCUACUACCUGGACCAGGACAGCGGCCAGUUCUUCUCUCUGUUGGAAGGGGACGGACCACCGGGGCCAGACUACGACAGGGGUCGGAACACAGGCGUGCGGCGACGGGAUAAGACGCCCACCCACGGUGACCACAGACCCGUUUCCAUGCCACCCGAAUAUAACUGGAUGGCCGAGGCCAAGGAACCCAGCAUGGGCAAGAGAGGGAGCCGAGACUCCGACAACUCCCUGCUGCGUUACCUCAGCGACGAUAAGAUCCUUGUGAUCGAGGAGGAACCUGAAGGUCUGGGGAGAGAGAGCCGGCGGGACUCCACCAGACGCUCUCGCCGCAAGAGCCGCAAUCCCAGCAGCCCCAGCUUCCCCAUCAGUCCGUCCAUGCUGUCCUCCACCCUCCGUCUAGACCAGCCUCCGGAGCCCUUACCUCGAGGAGCCGACACGCUGCGCGCAGACACAACAGACAGCAGGUACUCGGGUUCAGGGAGCUCAGGCGCUGCCUCCAUGAGGAAGUCUUUUCACUAUACCUCUCUAAGAACGAAAACCAAAAAGCGGAGUAAAGGAUCCCUAACCAGUGCCAGUCGGAGGAGAAUCUCCUGUAAGGACCUGGGGCACGGCGACUGUGAAGGCUGGCUUUGGAAGAAAAAGGACGCCAAAGGCUACUUCACUCAGAAAUGGCGGAAGUACUGGUUCAUCCUGAAGGAGUCGUGUCUCUAUUGGUACACCAAUCAGAAUGAUGAGAAAGCUGAGGGCUUCAUCAGCCUGCCCGAGUUCAGAAUAGACCGAGCCAUCGAGUGCAGGCGGAAAUUCGCCUUCAAAGCCUGCCAUCCCAAGAUCAAGAGCUUCUUCUUCGCCACCGACUGUCUGGAGGAAAUGAAUAGGUGGAUGAACCGACUGGGCUUAGCUGCCAUUGGCUACACCCCUGACGACAAGGUGCCGCGCCCUGACGAAGACUACUGGAGCGAGAGCGACCAGGACGAGGUGGACGGCUCCAUGACGCUCAAGCAGGAGGCGCCGGCCUCUCUGUGCGACACCUACCACCGCACGCCAUCGACUAACUUCCUGCACAGUUACGACCAGCUUCCCCGCUCCGUCAGCUCCAUGAGCCUCAUGCGCUCCACUCCAUCCCCACGUCCUUUAUCAAUGAGUGCCUCCACCUCCCCCAUCCCACCACAGAUGCUCUCUUCCACGUCCCCUCUCCCUCUCCAGGUCAAUUCCUCUAGCCCCUUCCCAGAGCCCAAGCAUGGUCGCCACUUCUCCAGCGAGUCCACGCACUCCCAUUCCUCGGCAGAAGAUCAGCGGGGCGAAGGCAUGGGCAUGGGCACGGGCACCGGCAGCACCAGCACCCACUCCUCCGGAUGCCGCUCGUCCCAUCGUGAACGCCGUUCCUGGCAGGACCUCAUUGAAACGCCUCUGACCAGCGCUGGGCUGCACUUCCUUCAGACGGCGCCCGGGGACAGCGAUUAUGGGGGUGUGAUGGGGGGCAUGUCCGGGGAGAUGGGCCUGUACGGCCUGGGCAGACAGGGCAUGUCGCCAGAGAGACGCAGACAGGCCACGCUGCCCGUGAGGAGACACCACGCUGCUGAGCGGGACAGGGAGCGGGACGGGCCCUUCCCUCUGGAGCGAGGCCCGUACACUCACAGCCACACGCACAGACGCUCACACAAGCAGCGCAGCCAGAGUCUGCCCAGGAACAGAGACCCCAUGCCAGGAAAGCUGCUCCACACCGCAGCUCAUAUGGAGGAGAGGAGUGAGGAUGAGGAGGCGGAGGGCCAGGCGGCGGACCUGCUGGAGGGGGAGGAGGACCUGCGGGAGUUGAGAGUGGAGAGCAGAGAGAGAAGAGUGUCGGAGGGCCGGGAGCGACGGGUGUCGGAGGGCCGGGAGCCGGAGACUUUAGACGGACUGGAGCAGCUGUACAGGACCCUGGAGCAGGCCAACGUCACCGCCCUGGGAGACCCGCGGCCCUGUGGCAGGCAGGAGCUCCGGCGAUGUUUCACUCAGAGAGCCCGGGACCCCCUGCUCAACGACAGGCUGCACCGGGUCCGAGCGCUGCGCAGCACCUUGAAGGCCAAAGAGUCGGAGCUGGCGGUGAUCUGUGCCCUGCUGGAGGACCCGGCUCUGUGCUCCCAGACCUUCAGAGAGUGGAAGCAGUGGCACAGCGAGCUCUACUCAGACAUCUGCCAGCUCAGCCCCGGCACCAACGGCCAGGACGAUCUCUCCCCUUUGGCCGCUCCACUCAUGACCCACACACACUCUUUCAUCGAGACGCACGUGUGACAUCCACCCGCAGAGCUUUACAUCCUGAUCACGCUCAUGUUGUAACAAGUGUAAAUAUCAUAGAGGGAAGAGUCUGCGUGUAUGAACUUUUGAUAAUCCUGAGGACCCCACCGGGUGCCUACUGCAUGCCUGAACAAAAAGCAUUAUUCUUCCUUUGUCUAUGGAACUCAGCAGUAAUGCCACAUGCUUGUCCAAACACGGAGACUUUUUAACACGUCCUUUGUAUGUUUUGCUAUAUUUUCUGGUUGUUUUGGGGUUUAGGGGGAGCUAUGUAGCAGCAAUACGGAGGAGAAUCCUUUUCACCACAGCACUGUACUUUUGUACCGACGAACUUUGCACCCAGAGCCACCAGUCCUCCCCCUUUCUCCCUCUGUCGCUUUGAUUUAGUCGUCCAUUCACAUUGAUUUCCAGUGACUUCACCGUUAUCCCAAACCCACGGGGCAGCGGAGCCGCCAGCCAGCCAGCCAAAAGUGUCGCCACGCCCGACUGAAGUUGCACGUGAUUCCAAACUGUGAAGCGUUUCAUACCCGGCGAAGGAUGGAUUCCACUGUUGACUUUCUCCACUUAUGAGUUCCCUCCUCUCUUUCUAGUCAUCAAAGACUUGUGUAUAUGUGUAUACUGCGGUGUACACUAAUGUAAAUGUCUGCGUUCCACUACCACUGUGAUAUGCUUGGAGAGGUAGCGGAGGGAAGGCGGAGAGUGUGGAGAUCUGCGUGGGUGUUUUUUUUUUUUUUUUUGUUUUUACCUGAACGCUAGAGCUUGAGUUUGUUUUUCAAAUGGGUCACAACAAAGAAUGCACUUUCUCUAUCUCUAUCAGUCAUUGGCUACAUCACAGGGUCUGUCUCAUCAGCCUCAUCGCUGUUCAGAAUAUCAGGUAAAAGCAUUUGCCGUCUCAUUUUCUAAAGAUUUGUGUACAGUCGACAAAUAUAUUUCAACAUAGAAGAAGAAUAUAUAAAAAUCUAUUUACGUUUUGUGUUAUAGAUAUAAUGUAAAGUAUACUGUAUUCUAUGCCAAGGUUUUGCAGUGUCGCCCUCUUCACCUUGUUGAUGCUGGGUGCUGAUCAGACGCAGGAGAAGAAACAACAACCGACCUUUCACCCCAGCGACAGUGUCGGUUGGACCGCAGAUGAUCUCCUGGUGGUGCAUGAGUUAAGGCCUGGGACUGAGCGGACAGGGAUCAUUUGUGUUCGACUUUUAUUUGAUCUUCCUCUCACGAUUGCAAGAUUAGACUUGUAGCGCAUGAAACAUGCAACCGCACUGUUGAAUACUUCUUUAUUUUCACGAUCAAAUGCUCAAAGACACACACACUGUACGGCCAGCUGAGGAGAUGAGCUGCUGCUCGGCAUGUUCUAAUGCAGAGCCUCCUUCAGCAGCAGGAGGUUACAACUCAACGCUUCCACGGGGGCGUGGCUUAAUUGCCAGGAACGCGUGAGAAGCUAUUUGACCUUUCCGGUGGACGGUCUGUUCUGUCUGUCAAACAUCAGGCCAAGGACUCACUAAGACUCAGAGACACACGUAGCAGCUGCUGCAUCCAGCACUAACUGUAAUUAUUCUCCAUAUUUUUCCGAGUGCAGAUUCAGGUUUUAUUCAUCACAUGACACUGUCGUGAAAUAGCUCAACACACCCCAGAGAUAACUAGUUUUCAGAAGGUUCAUUUGAGAGCGCCACAAAAACGAUGCAAGCACUUUCCCUGUGCCUCCCAACCCUCACUUUGGCAAGGCUGGACUGAGACUGAGAGCGAGCUUACACACACUCAGCCACAGUUUUGGAUGGCUUGACUGAGACAAAAGAGGUGGAAGGCUCUGACUGUGUUAUCCCCUCUGGAGCUGUGUGUGUGUGGAGACCUGCAGAAACAGGACGACAUAGGGAGAUUCCACUGUGUGUUCUUUCAGGGGUGUACACCUCCUGGUACAUUGCACAGGUGUGUAAGAUGUAAGUUGCACUGCGACAUUAAAAAAGGAACAUAUUGCUCUUUUUCAAGGAUAAUAUUAGCUUACUGUUAAUCUGUACAUUCAACUGACUGAAGAUGAUAUUGAAAAAAGAAGAAAUGAUGUUUAUUCUUCCUAAAGUAGCCUUUUUUUGGUUUCAUAUAUAUGAAUAUAAAUAUAUAUAUAUAUUACAGAAAAGAUACAGAUUGUAAACUUAAGUUGUUAAUCUUUGACUUCAAUAAACUGAAUCCU